AUGGACGACAUUUUAGAUAACUUAUCUUUUACUGGACAUUCUGUCUUUUAUAACUUUACUGAUGAUUGGAUACCUGAUGGAAGGGAAACUAUUGAUUUUAUUAUACGAUGUGUCAUACCGACUGUGUAUAUUCUGAUCAUAACGAUUGGGUUGUUGGGGAACAUUACCUUGGUUAAGAUUUUUAUCACCAACAGUGCAAUGAGGAGCGUCCCCAACAUAUUUAUUUCGAGUUUGGCAGCUGGGGAUCUUUUGCUUUUGGUGACUUGUGUUCCAGUGGACGCGUUCAGAUACUUCUUUGAGGAGUGGAUCUUCGGUGUUGUGGCUUGUAAACUAAUACCGGUCAUUCAACUCACCUCAGUCGGAGUCUCAGUGUUCACUCUCACGGCUCUCAGCGCUGACAGGUACAAAGCCAUAGUGAAUCCUAUGGACAUCCAGACAUCCAGUGCUGUGUUCUGGACGUGUCUGAAAGCCGUGUCCAUCUGGGUGAUCUCUGUCCUGCUGGCGGUGCCCGAGGCCAUCUUCUCCCAGGUAGUACACAUCCAGGACAAGAACGUGACCUUCACCGCCUGUGUGCCCUAUCCCCUCUCCAACGAGAUGCAUCCCAAGAUCCACUCUGUCCUCAUAUUCCUGGUGUACUUCCUGAUUCCCCUGUGGAUCAUCUCUGUGUACUACUACCACAUCGCCAGGACGCUGGUCAAGAGUGCUCACGACAUGCCUGGGGAGAUCAGUGAGCACACUAAGAGACAGAUGGAGACGAGAAAACGGCUUGCCAAAAUUGUUCUGGUUUUCGUGGGCCUCUUCGCUCUCUGUUGGUUCCCCAACCACGUCUUGUACAUGUACCGCUCCUUCAACUACCGUCAGAUCGACUCCUCCCUGACCCACCUCAUCAUCACCCUGCUAGCUCGGGUGUUAAGUUUCUCCAGUUCCUGUGUCAACCCAUUUGCUCUCUACCUGCUGAGUGAAAGCUUCCGCAGGCACUUCAACAGCUCACUGCACUGCAAGAAGAAGCCCCAUCACGAGCGCAACACCAGCUACCUGCAGAGCACCUCAGCCAUAAGAAUGACCUCCAUCAAGAAGACCACCCCUACUGUCAUCAAUGGACAUGGCAACAGGCAGGAGGUCUCUCUGUAG